AUGGAGUCUUAUGAAGAUGAUGAGAAACAACAAGUUUUGGAGCACAAAUAUGAUUGCCUCCUUUUUGAUCUUGAUGAUACCCUUUAUCCACUCAGUUCUGGUUUAUCAGUCCGUGUUACACAAAACAUUCAAGAAUAUAUGAUCCAGAAGCUUGGCAUUGAGGAAAGUAAAGUCCCGGAAUUAUGUGUUUCAUUGUACAAGUAUUAUGGGACGACCAUGGCUGGUCUCAGGGCAAUUGGGCAUAAAUUUGACUAUGAUGACUUCCAUGGUUUUGUUCAUGGGAGAUUACCCUAUCAGUUGCUUAAACCAGACCUUGUCCUUGGGAAUAUUUUACUAAACUUGCCUGUUCGAAAAGUUGUCUUUACCAAUGCUGAUAAGACCCAUGCGAGUCGAGUCCUUAACAGGCUUGGAUUGGAGGAUUGCUUUGAAAGGAUCAUAUGCUUUGAAACUUUGAAUGAUGCUAAGAAAGGAAAUGAUGCUGUUGAUGGGGAUGAAGCAGGGGUUUUUGACGUAAAUGAAUAUGCUACUUGUCCUGAUGCUGACCUUGUACUUCCAAGGACCACAGUAGUCUGCAAACCUUUUGAGGAAGCAUUUGAGCAGGUUUUUAAGAUUGCCAGCAUCAACCCUCAAAAGACGUUGUUCUUUGAUGAUAGCAUCCGUAACUUACAGACUGGAAAAAGAUUGGGCCUCCACACUGUUUGGGUGGGCUCUUCUCGUCGAACUGAAGGCGUGGACUGUGCUUUAGAGAGCAUUCAUAAUAUCAAGGAAGCACUGCCAGAACUCUGGGAAGCCACUGAGAAGUCUGAAGGCAUCAAGUAUUCCAGAAAGGUUGCAAUUGAGACCUCUGUGAAAGCUUAG